GAGAGAGAUAUAUGACCAUCUCUGUGAAAGGAAAAGAGAGACAGUGAAAGAGGGAGAGAGAGUGGAAACGAGAGACCGGGAGAGGAAUAGAAGAGAGGGAGAGCGGGAACGAGAGAGAGCGAGAGAGAGACAGAGAGAGAGAGACACACAGAGAGAGAGAGAGAGAGAGAGGCGCUUAUUUUGCUUCCUAAUCGUUUUUCCUCAGGGAUUUAUCAUCCACUGCAGUGAAGAAAGCAAGAGUGUGAGAGAGGAAACAAAAUCAUUUUAGGAGCAUUUAGCACUUAGCUCUGUGGUCUCCCGUCUGAUCUGAAGAGGGAUUUUUAACUGUCUACUGCUACAGGCAGCACUACUGCAGCAAGUUCAUGGCGGAGAUGGAGUCCCUCUCCACCCCGUACAACAUCCGCAUUUCCGACGUGACCUGCGACUCCUUCCGCAUCGGCUGGGACAUGGCGCCAGAGGAUGUGGGCCGUGUGACACACUACUUCAUCGACCUGAGCCGCAAGGAGGGCAGGGACCCAAAUCGCUUCAAACACAGGGAUGUGCCGACCAAGCUGGUAGCCAAAGCGGGUGCCCUUCCCAUGGCUGUGCGGGGUCACUGGUUCCUGAGCCCACGGACCGAGUACUGUGUGGCGGUUCAGACGGCGGUCAGGCAGCCAGAGGGGGCUGACUACCUGGUGUCAGAGUGGAGCCCAGUGGUGGAGUUCCACACUGGAGAUUACGGUACAGUCCAUCUUCAGCAGCUUCUCCAGAAGGCUGAGGGUGCUGCCGGGAGACUUCUGAGGUUUUCUGUCUUCUACCGCAACCAGCACCCAGAAUACUUCCACUAUAUCAGGUCAUCAUGUGCGGGGGUGAUGUACCCCUCCCUCAAAGACAGCAGCGGUAGUCACGGCUCUCCCAUCAACGGUACACUCAGCGGAGUCUUUCUCAGCUGUAACACAGAGUUCGACACCGGCCUGCCCCCCAGAGAUUCGCCCUACGGCCCUCUGCGUUUCCAGAUCCCCGCGUCUCAGCUGCUGAACCCCUCCACCGCCUGCCUCUACUUUGCCGACUUCUACUGCAUGUACACACCCUACCACUAUGUCAUCCUUGUGCUGACCACUGCCGGCUCGGAGGGCGAUCGCUUUUGCCGCGCCCACUUGCCCCAGCUGGACCUUGCGGCAAACCCCUUCCUGACAUACAACCCACCACAGAGGGAGGGGGAGGAGCCGGUUUACUGCCACGCCCGCGACGUCAUCUUGGAGGUGUUCUACAUAGAGCCACUGCACCUGGACCAGGGCACACUGGUGGAGAUCAGUGGUCACCAGCUGAUGAGCUUGUCCACCGCCAACGCCAAGAAGGACCCCAGCUGCAAGGUGUGCAACAUCAGUGUUGGACGCUGAAUGAGAGGGACGGGGUCUAAGAGGGCUGAUCUCUCUAACACGUCAAAGGCCAAAGGCAGGGAAUGAAACUCAACCUGACAAACUGGCAGGCAGUCUGCCCUGGCUGUUUCUGUGCAUGGGUAUGAGGAUACAGUGAGGAUGGAGAACUGGAUUUUAUCAAUGAUUCUCUCCCAUCACUCAAAGCAAAGGACAGUUACAGUUUUAUUCCUUAAUCAAGUUGUGUGUUUCCCCACUACUGCUAUCUAGGCCGGUGUGUCCGUGGCUGAUAACCAUAACACUCCUGGAGUCCGAACCCUUUCCCAAAUCCUCCCAGAAUGCGAACCCUAACCCCGUCACACUUUCCACCCCCUGUUAAGCAGCAGGCCGGGGGCACGGCUAGAGCUUUUGGGCCCCAUGAAAAGAUAUCACAUUGGGCCCCUCACCCCAGACCAAUCCAAGUUUGCUCCAAUUUUCUUAGGGCUCCUGUCACUCUGGCGCCCUUGGAAUUGUCCUAACUUUGUCCCCCGAUUUGGUACCCCUGCAUCAGGUCACAUGGCAAAAAGUCUUAAUUUUCACCUGUGCCCCUCUGCAAACAUGCCCAGGAACGGGCCAAAACGUUCACUGCUCGAUUCACCAGAUUCUUAACUGGUAAACUUCCAAAAUGUGGCCAUCAAAUCCAGUUUAAGGCACAUAUUUGGUAUCACUGUAUAUACUAUGCAUAGAUUGCAUCCUGUAUAGUCUUUCAGUUCAUUUUUCACUGUUGCUUCCUGCCUGUUCAAAAUAAUUAAGCUCUCUUGACAGUGUUGUUCCAUAGUGCAGCUGCAGAUAUUUACAGAAAAUAAACAACUCUAGUGGCAUUCUUCGACUAUAAUCUACUUACCAUGGACAGAAGAGGAUUGAUGAACUCACAGAGAUUUCAUCGAAUCAAAUGUACUGAGGAAAUCGUGAAUGCUAGAAUCCUUUUUUCAUCAUCUUACAAGAUAUAUGUAUGCAUGGUUAGUCUGUUUAGAUGUAUGUGAUUUAUAUUUUGGAAAAAGAGAGGAAAAUAUGUAAUGUAAAGAUAAAAUCUAUUUUCAUUUGCUGGCCUUUAUCCAUUAAACAAGCUGUUCGGCCUCUUGACAGAAGAUGCCACAGACCGCUGUGCUGCCUGUGUGGAAAUUGAGAAUCUCAAAACGACAGACAUUCCAAGGUGCUAAAUCUUCAGAUCUACGAGGCAGAAAUUUGAACCUUCCUGCAUGAGGUGCCAGCCGUAGAUUUCAGACGUAGCAUCCCUCUCUUUCUCUAAGCUUUUAUGUCAGAUCGAGGACAUCUAUGUAUCGGUCAUGCUAACGAGCACUUUUAAUCUAACAGAGACGCAUCAUCCACCAGUAGUGUUUCAAUAAGGCCGUAACAAAUAUUCACACAAUAAAGCUAGGAUGAGUCUUGUGA